AUGGGACCCGAAAAUCUCCAAAUACCUCUCAGUGUCUCCAACACCUCCCAGUGUCUCAAGUACUUCCUCAGUGUCUCAAAUACCUCCCAGUGUCUCCAAGGACCUCCCAGUGUCUCCAAGUACCUCCCAGUGUCUCAAGUACCUCCCAGUGUCUCCAAGUACCUCCCAGUGUCUCCAAGUACCUCCCAGUGUCUCCAAAUGCCUCCCAGUGUCUCCAAGUACCUCCCAGUGUCUCCAAGUACCUCCCAGUGUCUCCAAGUACCUCCAGUGUCUCCAAGUACCUCCAGUGUCUCCAAGUACCUCCCAGUGUCUCCAAGAACCUCCCAGUGUCUCCAAAUACCUCCCAGUGUCUCAAGUACCCCCAGUGUCUCCAAAUGCCUCCCCAGUGUCUCCAAAUCCUCCCAGUGUCUCAAACCCUCCCAGUGUCUCCAAGUACCUCCCAGUGUCUCCAAAUACCUCCCAGUGUCUCCAAGUACCUCCAGUGUCUCAAUGCCUCCCAGUGUCUCCAAGUACCUCCCAGUGUCUCCAAAUGCCUCCCAGUGUCUCAAAUACCUCCCAGUGCCUCCAAAUACCUCCCAGUGUCUCCAAGAACCUCCCAGUGUCUCCAAGUACCUCCCAGUGUCUCCAAAUACCUCCCAGUGUCUCCAAGAACCUCCCAGUGUCUCCAAAUACCUCCCAGUGUCUCCAAGUACCUCCAGUGUCUCAAGUACCUCCAGUGUCUCCAGUCCUCCAGUGUCUCCAAAUACCUCCCAGUGUCAAGUACCUCCAGUGUCUCCAAGUACCUCCCAGUGUCUCCAAAUACCUCCAGUGUCUCAAGUACCUCCCAGUGUCUCCAAGUACCUCCCAGUGUCUCCAAAGUACCUCCCAGUGUCUCAAAUACCUCCCAGUGUCUCCCAAGUACCUCCCAGUGUCUCCAAGUACCUCCCAGUGUCUCCAAGUACCUCCCAGUGUCUCCAAGUACCUCCCAGUGUCUCCAAGUACCUCCCAGUGUCUCCAAGUACUCCAGUGUCUCAAGUGCACUCCCAGUGUCUCCAAUUACCUCCCAGUGUCUCCAAAUGCCUCCCCAGUGUCUCCAAAGCCUCCCAGUGUCUCAAGUACCUCCCAGUGUCUCCAAGUACCUCCCAGUGUCUCAGCACCUCCCAGGUCAAGUACCUCCCAGUGUCUCCAAUGCCUCCCAGUGUCUCAAGUGCCUCCCCAGUGUCUCAAGUACCUCCCAGUGUCUCCAAAUGCCUCCCAGUGUCUCCAAGUACCUCCCAGUGUCUCCAAGUACCUCCCAGUGUCUCCAAAUGCACCUCCCAGUGUCUCCAAGUACCUCCCAGUGUCUCCAGAGUACCUCCCAGUAUCUCCAAGUGCCUCCCAGUGUCUCCAGAGUGCCUCCCAGUGUCUCCAAGUACCUCCAGUGUCUCUAAGUACCUCCCAGUGUCUCCAAGUACCUCCCAGGUGUCUCCAAAUACCUCCCAGUGUCUCCAGAACCUCCCAGUGUCUCCAAGUACCUCCCAGUGUCUCAAGUACCUCCCAGUGUCUCCAAGUACCUCCAGUGUCUCCAAAUACUCCCAGUGUCUCAGAACCUCCCAGUGUCUCAAGAACCUCCCAGUGUCUCCAAGUACCUCCCAGUGUCUCCAAGUACCUCCCAGUGUCUCCAAAUACCUCCCAGUGUUCCAAAUACCUCCCAGUGUCUCCAAGUACCUCAGUGUCUCCAAGUUACCCAGUCUCCAAGUACCUCCCAGUGUCUCCAAUGCCCCCAAGUACCCAGUAUGGUAG